AUGCAGUCUACCAAGGAGUGGAGAGACAUCACGCAGCUGCUCCGCGAAGCGGCCAGCGAAAUCAGUGAUGGCUCGUUCAUUGCAAGCGACGCGUUCAACUACGAGGCGUCGAUGCGUUCUAUCGAUAUUAUGGACAAAAAGGUGGAUAGUGGACUGGGGCUCGUUGGGUUUGAGACCAUCGAGGAGCGUCUGGAACAUGAUUCGAUUAAUUUCUACCCGGACGAGGAAACGUUGUUGCAAAUCGCAGAGUGUUUGUUCUCUUCGUUCAGUUCCUGGAUUGCAGGCGAUAAUCUGAACCACUGCAUGCUGCGUGUUGUGUAUAUGCACGCGCAGGUGAAGGAUCGUUUGUUGCUUCUAUUUCGGAGCACGCUCGAGGCAGAUCAAACAGCGGAGGCGAGUGAGCAGACUCUGCGUCUGCGGAUCUUGUUAAAGCUGGUUAUGGAUUACACCUGGCUUAUCAGCGCGAUCCAUAGCCUCAUGUCGGAAUAUGUGGUCAGCGAAGUGGCUGCUUGUCCGGACGAGUUCAGUCUAUCCUGCCAAUUCUUGCCGGAUCGAACGAAUCUCACCUUCGAUGAAAAGAAUGUGCUGCAUGCCGUUCUUUCAAUGCAGGAAACGACCGAAACGCGCUCCAAGCUCCUGUCCCACCUCCGCAUACUGGAUUCGCUGAACCAGCUCUUCUCCGAGCUGGACAAACUCACCAAAGAGCGGGUUUCUUCGCUCCAGCUCUUUUUAUUCCACCGAUCCCACGCUCUCCUCUUCAUCCAGCACUUAUUUCGAUGA